AUGACUCCCAAAAGGAAGCGAAAGGAUGAUCCAGAUGAUGGGGGGGGGCCGCCGCCGAUCUGCGGCCUCCGCGCCAUCUCAGGCCCCAUCUUCGUUUCGAAGGGCGCUGGGAAAGGAGGUUACCAGAUCGGCCCGAAGCAGGAGUUCGGGCUGCCGCCCCAACCCGUCGACGGGAAACCUCCCAAGAAGAAACCCAAUAUCGGCUGCGGCAUCUGCAGCGAGAAGACGAAUGCCAUGGAGACAGCGUGUACGUGCGGGAAGUGUUCUGGGACGCACAAGUUCGCGUUCCCUUUCUGGGGCUGGGACACGUUGACCGACCAGUACCACAGCAACGAGAAAGUGAAGGCUGGUUUUGACAACUCGCACCACAUUCUGCACAAGCAAGGCGGCGUGAAACCAGAGAUGGAGUCCGAAGAGAGUGUGGGGGAGAAAUCUGGCCUUUUCCAGGACACGAGCGGCGUGAUCGCUUACUACAAGAAGCCGCCGAGCGAGAUCGACAUGAAGCCCGCGAGCAUUGUGGACCAGAGCGGCGCCCUCAGGAACGUCUUCGUGCAGGUGAGCCCUGACCAGCCGCACACCGUCGUGAACAUUUACCGCCGCAGGGAGCUCCACCAUUCCAUGCUGGCGAUGCCUACAGGUCGGAGAUUGUCCCCCCAGCAGGGCGCUAUCCACAUGCAGUCCUUGAUUGAGAACCGUUGCGCGGACCUCAGGGCUCUCUUCAACGCGCCCACUCACGAGGACAUCCUUGGUAGGAUCCAGGACAAGGCGACGGUCGAGGAAAUCGCGGCAAAAAACGAUGCCCCCAAGUCCAGGAGUUCGGGUUCAGCGCCGUCGAGUUUGCCGCCGUCGGGGCCAUCUUCGGAAUCGGUGGUGGCCUUGGCCGAUGGGGCUGCGGCUGCAGGGCCGACGGAGGCGGCGAGCGUCCACGAGGCGACCGACCCAGGCGAGCCCAGGGGCCCGCCAGCCUCGACGCUUGUGAAGAUGAACGCGUCUGCUCUGUCGCAGCUCGGGGGCUCCUCGCCUGGUGGUGCUUCUUCGCUGCGCGCGGCGGUGUCGGCGGUGGGCGGUGGCGGUGGCUCGGUGGUCUCCAGCGUGAAGGCCAGCAGCUUUGACGAUGGCGAGGCCAUGGGGGAGGGGUCGGAGGAAACGGACAAGGAGACGAGCUGGACCACUGGCCGCAGGCGCGCUAUGCACAACUGCAGGAUCCACAGACUGCCGGCGGGGAAGAAGGCGGGGCACACGGUGCGCCGGCUCAGGGACAACGCGAGCAAGCAUACGGAUGAUCCAGACCACAGUGUGGCUUCGACGUGGUUGAACCUGGCGGAGAGGUGCAAGGUUGCUGGCGACCAGAAUGCGAAGAUCAUCAGGACGAUGAACGGCGACGAGUUGGCGAAGCUCGCAGAUGAUAUCGACAAGAACGUCCCCAGAGUCCCCGUGGGGUUCCAGCGCGCGUUGCGGGAGAGGGCGCUGGAGGACUGGGAGAACGGCCAGGAGUGGGGGUCCAAACCAGGACAGGCGAUCGCUAUGUGUUUGCCGUGGCCUCGCGAGAGCGGAGACGUUGAUUAUGUUGUUAAGUCCGAGUGCGCGGCCCGGGCUCUAGCGUUGAUGAUUCUGCUUGUUCCAGAGAAGGCUGCGAAAUUCAAGGGCUACCUGUGCAAGAUCACCCUUUCGCGCUUCUUGCGCCGCGGGAAGGAUGGGCGCCAGAGGACCGUGGAGUUCGUUGCCGCUGCGAUGGGCGCAAUCAAGGCGAUGCCGAUGACCUGCGAGAUCGAAGUCGAUAGCGCUGCUGCUGAGGUCGCGGCGGUAUUGCAGCUGAUGUGCGCGCUUGGGCAGCAGGCCGAAGAUGCGCUAAACCUGGCGGCAGUGGGGCAGCUGGGCAAAUCUAAGUCCACUGCGGUCGAAGGCGCCGUCUACGCCGUCGUGUCGAAUGAGCCGUGCUGGGAGGUGAAGCUCAAGGACUACUUGAAGUUCUCUCCCGGGGUGAAGAAGUGGCGCCCUAUCAUGAGUAAGCAUUUGGCAGCCCUGCAGUCCGAGGGGCCGCCGACUUACAAGACCCCCAGUAGCGUCGCGAAGGAUCUGCCCAUCAUCAAAGCGGUGCUCCCAGAGGUGGAGUACAGUUCCUUCUUCCAGGUAUCGCGCGGUGCCCUGGGCCGCUUCUUCGAGCACAUCGGUGCUCGUGUGAAUGAUGGCCCGCGCGAGGCAACCGACGAGUUCAGUGAUAAUGUAGAGGCUCUCUCGCAGAAGGCGGCUGCCAUCUUCGGCUUUCACUCGGCCUGGUCUGAGGCAGUGGGUGCGAUCAACUCUUGCAGGUCUCGUAGUGCUGGGAAGAACCUCGUCGUGCAUUUCUGCGGUGAGCUUGGAGUGUUCAACUUAGACAUCCUCGUCUAUGGAUUGUCUCAGUUUGACGAGGCCGAGGGCCCGGGGGAUCUAGUUCCAGAGCUGCCCAUGCAGCAGCUCAUUUCUUUCGCGAAACAGGCGGUGGAGUGGGUCACGAAGAAGAGGAGCAACUCUCUCGAUGUCUCUCGUGAUCCGCUGUUCGAUUCUUCGCUCAGGCGGGUUUCCACAGCAAGCGCGUGGCUGGAGUGGUCAUGCGUCUCUCCCGUGGGGUCUGGUUUCAAGUCCUUCGAGCAGUUGGUUGGCAGAGCGAAGUUGGCAAAGACCUUAGUGGGGGCAAUGGCGACCAUCGUGCCGCGAGACCCGAGCGGCGACUUCUCUGACGCCGACGCCGCCGCUGCCCCCGAUCACUCAGUUGAUGCUUUCUUGGGCCUGCUCACGCAGUGCGAGGCAUUGAAAGAGGCGCCCCCCGAGGGCGAUGCAGCUGUAGUGAAUGGUGCGUUCAUGGGGGCGCUGGCGGCAGAGUCGGCGAUGCUCCUGUCUGAGAGCGCGAGCGUACUGCUGAGCAAGCUCAAGGGUGGUUUAUUGGACAGAGACUGGCGCGACGGGGUCAGCCCUUCGAUUGCAUUCGACGCCUUGCUUGACAUUGCGGGUGACUUCCUCAAGGGCAUGCCCCGCGACCCCCUCAAGGCUGAAGUCGAAUUCAACAUCUACGUGACUAACAGCGCCGAGGUGGACCUCGCCUUGGCAAGGUUGCAGCGUGCUGCGACGACGGUGCUCGAGUACGCCGUUGUCUACGGAGCGAGCGAAAUCAAAGGCAACGCUGUUGUGCUCAAGAAAUAUCUCACGACUGUGGAAAAGAACAGGCAGAGUUGGGGUGUGGAAAAACUGUUCGAGCCAGUGCAGCUCGCCAUGGACAAGGGCAUCGCUAUGCAGAAUUUCAUGUGA